AUGAGCAAGUUAGAAACACUUAUGCUUGAAGAUAAUACGCUUUCUGGAGAAAUACCCUCCUGGCUAUUUGAGAUAGAGAGUUUGAAGAAUAUAUACAUUGGAAGAAAUAAGAUGAUUUGGAAAAACAGUGUUAAAAUAAAUCCAAAGUGUAUGCUUUCUCAAAUUUCUCUAAGAUCUUGCAAAAUUGAAGGAGACAUAUCAGGAUGGAUUUCCACAAGAAAGGAUCUUGAUAUUCUCGACCUGAGUAAUCAUCAGCUCACAGGAAGAUUCCCACAAUGGCUUGCUGGGAUGGAUGUUGGAAGUUUACUGCUGUCAGAUAAAAACCUUACUGCAUCAACCUCAUUCUCCAACCAAAGUGACCUCCGAAUACUUGAUCUCUCAAGUAACAAUCUUGAUGGAAGUAUCCCUUCAGAGAGGGCAAAUCUAAAUGGAAUGAUUCGAAGUGACAUUGUGAUUUCAAUGGGCAUGGGUACUGACAAUAUAAUGCAAGUGUCUGUUAGCCUUCUUUGUUUGUUUGCAGAGCUGUUCUUUGACUCUGCAGUUUUUUUGUCUUUAGGCAGUUGCUUUGUUUUGUUUCUAUUAGUUGACAAGUUUAGAUGGAGCAUAAAGCUUGCUUUAGGAUCCAAGAACAAGUUGGGUUUCUUGGAUGGUAAAGUGAAGAAACCACAGGCAGAUGAUGCAAAAUAUCCACUCUGGAUAAGGAAUGACUACAUGAUAAGAGGUUGGCUCUGCAGAUCUAUGAAUGAGAAGAUUGCUAAUAGUUUCACCUAUAUAGACUCUGUUGAGAGGCUAUGGAAUGAGCUAAAGGAAAGGUACGCAGAGACAAAUGCUCCACUCCUGUAUUCUUUGAAGAAACAAGUUAAAAAUUUAGAGCAAGAAAACAUGAAUGUUUCCGAGUAUUAUUUCAAGCUAAAGUAG